GGCUGCGGCGGCUGCUGGCCGGUCCGGGUCGGCCAGUCGGGGCGCGUCUGUCGGAGGCACAGGUCAAACGCGCUGCGUCCAGCCACACACCGCCACGCGAUGAAGCUGCCCGUGACGCUGCUGCUGGUGACCUGCUGGCUGACGGCCCGCGCCCAAGAGGGGCUCAUCCUGACACCGCAAAAAUGCAAGGUCACUCUCGACGACCCGGACGGAGACUGCAUCAUCGGCGAAGCCAGAAUAGACUACCCGAACCUGCUGUCGCGGCCGCAGACGUCGUUCAACUGCGACGACUACGAGUACCCGGGCGUGUACGCCGACGUGGAGGCCGACUGCCAGCUGUUCCACGUGUGUCCGCCAAAGAACGUGCUGCGUAGCGGGGACCCGCGAGACCGGCCCACCACCUUCCUCUGCACACCGGGCUCGCUCUUCAACCAGGAGUACCGCGUCUGCGACUGGUGGUUCAACGUCCAGUGCGACAAAGCGCCCGAGUUCUACGCCGACAACAAGCUCUACUACAAGACCUCCAUCACGUCCAACAGCCUGCUGCGGGACGCUAACAUAUAGUGGGAGCGGCUGCAACAUGGCCGUCGCCGCUGACGACGCUGGUGGUGGUCUUGCGGACUAGUGUCCGCGCUGUCCCUACGGACUAAGAUCUACAGCCGUCUUUGCGGACUAAAGCCAAUUCAGCGCGUGUGAUGCAUUUCCUUGCUCGAAUUGGGUGACCUUUGGGUAAAAGGAAUGGUUAAGACAGCUGAAACCGAAGCGAGAAAUGUCGGGGCUGGCGUCCAUCACAGCGGGUGGCAAGACAAGACGUUGCGCGCGCCCUGGAAAUGACCAGCUUCAUUUUAACUUCAGUAUUUGAGCGGCGCUGCAGCUGAAAACACCAGUGAAGUGCAUGCAGUGAUUUGCCAUAUACUACUACCCUAGGCCGGGCAGUUGAUCGAUCAGUUGAUUUUGUAAAGGCCAUAUACAGGGCCUCCAGCUGCAAUGAAAGUGCAUGGUCGUCGGGGACACGCUCCACCAAUGGCGACUGAUGUGGGACAUUCCUAGAAAUCAUCUGCCGCGUGAUGGCUGCCUUGAGUUAUGCUAAUGUUUUAGCAAAGCGUAUGCCUCAUGGCAAGGCUUAGACCAGGCAUCUGACGAGCUAAAUCCCUAUGUCUUGUGACCGGCCUUACAUUCCGUUCCGCACAGCUAAACUUGGAGCUGCCAAAAAUGUCAUGCUCACUCGCGCAGUCCAGACAUCAAGUGGGCGUUGUACAGAUUGCACAUGGUUUAUGUAUGCGGAAGUGAAAAAAUGUUCGUACGGUCGAUAUAUCAGUCCUUUGCAGGUUUUAUCACAUGUUCUUUGCAAGUGAACUCCAUGCGUUUGUCACUACGUUGGCUGUUUUACUCACUAAGAUGAUUAUGAAUUCGAAAUGUUAUAUCGCUCGAAAGGGAUUUCAAAACCUUUCGGCGUGACACCUGCAACAGUGACGUUUCGCAACAACUUGAUAAUAAAUAUACUGUGAUAAAAAUACAGUGUGUAA